CAGGUGAGGCGCCCCGCCCCUCGAGCGCUCCAGGUGCAGCGGUGGGGACAGCAGGAUCCGAGCCCGGGGCCCGGGACAGGGCUGGGACGCCAUGGCCGAGUCCCAGUUGAGCUGCCUGGACGAGGCGCACGUGAACGAGAAGGUGACCGAGGCACAUGCCGCCUUCUACUACUGCGAGAGGCGGCGGGCCGCGCUGGAGGCACUGCUGGGUGGAAGCGAGCAGGCCUACCGCGAACGGGUCAAGAAGGAGCGGCUGCGGGACUUCCUCUCCAGCCAGGAGCGCCAGGCGCUCUGCGCCGCCUGGAGCCCCUACGAGGAAGCGGUCUCCAACAGCCGUGCCAAGGCCAAGGCCAAGGCCAAGUCCCAUUCCCAGGCUGAGCCCGGUGAGUCCCUGGCCUACUGGCCAGACCGCUCGGACACUGAAGUGCCCCCACUGGACCUGGGGUGGACGGACUCCAGCUUCUACCGCGGCGUGAGCCGAGUCACGCUCUUCACCCACCCGCCCAAAGAAGAGAAGGCGCCACACCUGAAGCAGGUGGUCAGGCAGAUGAUCCAGCAGGCCCAGAAGGUCAUUGCUGUGGUCAUGGACCUUUUCACUGAUGGGGAUAUAUUCCAAGACAUUGUGGAUGCUGCCUCUAAGCGCCGGGUCCCUGUAUACAUCAUCCUGGAUGAGGGUGGAGUGAAAUUCUUUUUGGAGAUGUGUCAGGGCCUAGAGCUCGCAGACUUCCGCAUUCGGAACAUCCGUGUCCGCUCUGUGACAGGAGUUGGGUUCUACAUGCCCAUGGGGAAGAUCAAGGGGACGCUCUCAUCAAAGUUCCUGAUGGUCGAUGGGGACAAAGUAGCCACCGGAUCUUACAGCUUUACCUGGAGCUCCUCCUAUGUGGACAGGAAUCUCCUCUUGCUCCUGACAGGACAGAACGUGGAGCCCUUUGACAUAGAGUUCCGGGAGCUGUAUGCCAUCUCUGAGGAAGUAAACUUGCACCAGCACCUGGGCCUGGCAGGAAGGAUUGGCCUCAACUACUCCUCCACUGUAGCUCGAAAGCUUAUCAACCCCAAGUAUGCCUUAGUGGCAGGCACCCGCCCUCCUCCAGGAGAAAUGAUGCGUUGGGCGGCCCAGCAGCAGCGGGAUGCUGGUGGCAACCCAGAGGGACAGGAGGAGGGCAGUGGCGGUGGUGAGUCUGCCCGGCGUCUGGAGAGCUUUCUGAAUGACCUGGUCACAGUAGAGCAGGUUUUGCCCACAGUGGACCCCAUUAUCCCAAGAUUGCCGAAACCUAAUGAUGGCAAGACAACCUCUUAUGCACACACAGACCUGAGGCACAAAUCCCGAGAGGCACUCCCCCAGAAUGGCAAGGGAGAAGCUGCCAAUGGAGAGGCCACCCCAGCCAAGGAGAGCAGACGCUUCAGCAGCAGGUUCUUCAGCCGUCGAGUAAAGAGGCCCACAGUGCACAACAACAUGGCCGGCUCCCCUUCCACUGAGACUUUUACUGAUGUGGAGUUUCAGCUGGGAAAGAGGCACAAUGAGGGUUCCAUGGCCAAUAUAUCAGGUAGAGGAAGCUCCAGCGUCACCAAGGCCAGCAACUGUGUGAUCUCUUGAGCUGCAGGGUAUUGGUGGGCGGGACCUUCAGAUGCCCACCCAUCUGGUCCUGUGCCAAGAACAAGGCCUCUUCCCUGCACUAGGAAACACAUCAGACCCUCAGCAGACCUCCUACCCUGUAGCCUCCAUUCCAGUCUUAGUGCUGGAAUUCCAGACAGCAGGAUCUGAAUCUCAUCUCAUCAUCUCAACCAUUGCGUGCCUGCGGCAGACCGUGGUGGUCUGACAAGAAACACCGCUACCAUGUUUACGUGAAGUAGAAGCCUGCCGAGUGUCUGCUUUUCUUCUUGCCAAUCUGACCUCCACUGGGCCAGUCCUCCCUACAGGUCCUCAGGAGGGAUAAAGGCCAGUCUUUCUGCCGUGGUAGGACAGGAUGUCCAAAACAGCCCCAGCCACUUGGCCUUCUCCUUGGCCAUGUGGUGCUGUCUAGUUCUCUAAACCCCAGAAGUUUGUGGGGGA